UAUCUUUCUUUUUCAGGUUUGGAGCAAUCAGUAAUACUUACAAACAAUAUUCAUUACCUGUGCACUUUAAGUUUUUGGUUAGGAUCUGUUGUGCAGAGCCAGUCCUCUUACUGGAAGCGCUGCUGGCGAGCAUCAGUGGAUGGUUGGGCCAGCACUACCUUUCACUCAAAGUGUGACAACAAAUGGCCUACAGUGACCAUUAUCCGUGUGGGAAAAUACAUCUUUGGUGGAUACACAAGCACAUCAUGGGGUAAGUGAAUCAUUGAAUGCGUCCUCUUUUUUACAUUUGAAACUACACGCAGUUAUUUAUUUUCCAGAACUCAUGUAAGCGACUUAAAGUCCCUCCCCUAGAAUAACCAGAACCUGAAAAGAAAUUCUUGCAUAAAGUUUUUGUUUCUGUUUUUUAGUUUCUGGUUAUCGGAUUGAAAUUGAAUUUUGACACAAGAUCAUUCUCGAUUAGGAAAAGCUCUUCUCUGUAUUUACACAAUAAUUUCUUCUACUGUAGAGAAAGGUUUAACUCAAAAGGGAGUGGAAAAUUUAUUCAAUAGCUUUUCGUUUUAUUGUUGUUGUUAACUAAAAUACGCUCGUAAACGCCAUUUCUCUAUCAUUUUAAAUGUUCUUCUGGCCAAUUGUUACAAAUAUUGACCUUCAUCUCAGUUUACCGAAAUAGUUUGUGACUCUUUUUUUCCAUUUGCUUAUUAGUUUCCAAUUGUGGAUACCAGUACAGUUCAAUGGCCUUUUUGUUUUCAUUGGUUAACAAGCCAGGCUGGGCACCGGUGAAACUGUCUCAAACAGGAAAGUAUAGUAAUAGAAGGAGCCAUUCCAUAUUCAGUUGUUCAAGCUAUGGACCCAUAUUUGGUUACGGACACGAUAUUCGCAUUAGCAACAACGCUUCAUCCAACACAAAUUCCUACGCAAACCUUGGACACACCUACAGUCCACCAUCUGGCCACAGUUAUGGCAGCUCCUUCACCCAAUCAUUCCUAGCAGGAAUUUACCAUUUUCAAUCUGAUGAAGUUGAAGUGUUUUAUGAAACUACUUGA